AUAAAAGAGUAUAUAUGAAAAGUCUAAGAAAUCUAUAUUCGAAAUCGAGAAUUGAGAAACCCAGUCCCAGUCUCAGGCUAAAGUCUCCCUCCCAAAAAGGGCAAAGGCUAUAUCAUACAUUCAUACUGGUGCCAAUGGCUGCACUGCGGAUGAUAGAUAUAGCAGUUAACUUCACGGAUGGAAUGUUCAAGGGUAUCUAUCAUGGCAAACACUGCCAUGUCCCAGAUAUUCAAGUUGUUCUUAAUAGAGCUUGGACUGCUGGAGUUGAUCGAAUCAUUGUGACAGGAGGAUCCCUUGAAGAAUCGAAGGAAGCUCUUGCAAUUGCAGAAACUGAUGGAAGGCUAUUCUGUACUGUUGGUGUGCACCCAACUAGAUGCAAUGAAUUUGAAGAAAGUGGUGAUCCAGAAAGGCAUUUUCAGGCAUUAUUAUCUCUAGCUAAGGAGGGAGUUGAGAAAGGAAAGGUCGUGGCGAUAGGCGAAUGUGGACUGGACUAUGAUCGACUGCAGUUCUGUCCAGCUGAUAUCCAAAAGAAGUACUUUGAGAAACAAUUUGAAUUGGCAUGUGCUAUGAAGUUGCCAAUGUUCCUGCAUAUGCGUGAAGCUGCAGCUGAUUUCUGUGAUAUUCUUGAUCGCAAUAAAAGCAGAUUCCUUGGUGGAGUUGCUCAUUCUUUUACUGGAAGUGCAGAAGAUUGUGAUAAACUUCUUUCGUUCCAAAAUCUGUACAUUGGAGUCAAUGGCUGCUCUUUGAAGACAGCCGAGAAUCUUGAGGUGGUGAAGAGAAUCCCCCUUGAAAGGAUGAUGAUUGAAACAGAUUCUCCGUACUGUGAGAUUAAGAACACUCAUGCUGGAAUCAAAAUGGUCAAGUCAACAUGGCCAUCAAAAAAGAAAGAGAAAUAUGAUCCAGAGUGCCUUGUCAAAGGGCGUAAUGAGCCCUGCUUAGUCAGGCAAGUCCUCGAGGUGGUUGCUGGCUGCAAGGGUAUUACCGAUUUAAAUCAGCUGAGUCAGAAUGUAUACCAUAAUACUUGCAGAGUCUUUUUUCCACAUGAUCUGGAUUCUGCUGCUGAUGCUAUACUCACUGGUAAGGAUAAUCAGUGAAGAGUUUCUUUCUUAUCCAUUAAACUUGCAUGGUGGCCUUUGGAUUUGAAUGUUAAGAAUUAAUUUUCUAGCAACAUGUGGAGGAUACUUAUGGUAGUGGAGGUUUAAUACUAAGAACCAAAAUACAGGAUCUUACUCAUCCAGCAAACCUAGAAAUAUAUUCUAUUCUUGUAUGUUAGAUCUUGGAACCGUAACACAGGAUUUAAAUCCUUUGUAAUCUAACAGUCAAAUUUAUCAUUUUGUAUUAUGGGAACAUAUAGAUGAACAAUGAGUUCCCACCUGCUGUACUUUUGUUUUCGAUCGUUAUUUAUUGGAACAAAUCUGAUGUGAUACGUUCACAAUCAUGAAUAA